UGAUUGUAAACUUUAAGCUGUCUAAAGAAAGAUAUCAACCUGCAUUCAAACUUUUUCCUGAUUUCCAGUUAGGAAACCAACUUAUGGGCCAAAAGCAUUUCCAAAGAAAUAUAUUUUUCUCAAUUUACUACAUAAAAAUAGUUUUUUACACUUACAAUUUACCAGUCAAUUUUUAGAAGACGACCUUCACAUGACAUUGCCCAUCUGUAAUUGCUUACGAGUUGUCACAUACCGGCUAAAAUCUCAAAUUUUAGUGCGAAAUUUAUCGAAAAUGGCCUUUAACAAAUUAGCAAUCGACUCUUUGGAUCUUGCAGGCCAAAGAGUUCUUAUCAGAGUGGACUUCAAUGUGCCUUUAAAAGAUGGCAAAAUCACCAACAACCAGCGCAUUGUAGCCGCCUUGGACACAGUAAAGUACGCUCUGGAAAAAAAUGCAAAGAGCGUAGUGCUCUGUUCGCAUUUAGGCCGUCCUGAUGGCACCCCAAAUCCCAAAUAUACUCUUGCCCCCGUCGCUGAAGAGCUAAAGAAGCUACUUAGCAGAGAAAUCCAGUUUCUGCCGGACUGCGUUGGUCCUGAGGUUGAAAAAGCCUGUGAAAAUCCGGCACCUGGAUCAGUAAUUUUGUUGGAAAACUUGCGAUAUCACAUCGAAGAAGAAGGAAAAGGGGUGGAUGCCGCUGGAAAUAAAGCGAAAGCCGAUCCAGAAAAGGUAAAGAAUUUCAGAGCCAGCCUUAGAAAGCUAGCUGAUCUGUACGUGAAUGAUGCAUUUGGGACUGCUCAUAGAGCACAUUCCUCGAUGUUGGGCGAAGGGUUUCAACAAAGAGCUUCAGGAUUUUUGCUCAAGAAAGAGCUGGCCUACUUUGCUAAGGCCUUAGACAAUCCAGAGAGACCAUUCCUGGCUAUUUUGGGCGGUGCCAAAGUAGCUGACAAGAUCCAGCUGAUUGACAAUCUUCUGGAUAAAGUCAAUGAGAUGAUUAUUGGCGGGGGUAUGGCCUACACAUUCCUCAAAGAGUCGAAAGGCAUGAACAUUGGUACAUCAUUAUAUGAUGCUGAGGGAGCUAAAAUUAUUGGAAAACUCCUGGAAAAGGCACAGAAAAACAACGUGCAAAUUCAUCUGCCAGUCGACUUUAUUACCGCGGAAAAGUUCGAUGAAAAAGCUCAGUCGAGUUGUGCCUCUGUGGAAAGUGGGAUCCCCGAAGGUUGGAUGGGCCUCGAUGUGGGACAAAAAACUAUUGAACAGUUCAAAGAGCCAAUCAGACGAGCUAAAGUAAUUGUGUGGAAUGGGCCAGCGGGUGUUUUCGAAUGGGACAAGUUUGCGAACGGAACAAAGGCCAUCAUGGACGAGGUUGUGGCAGUGACGCAAAAAGGCGCCAUUACUAUUAUUGGUGGAGGCGAUACUGCCACUUGUGCAGCCAAAUGGGGCACUGAAGAUAAAGUGUCGCACGUUUCCACCGGAGGAGGCGCCAGUCUUGAACUGUUGGAGGGCAAAGUGCUUCCAGGAGUUGCUGCUUUGUCUGAUGCCUAAGAUUAUUAUUUAUAAAGCGUUUGUAGUCGAGAGCACUCGGUUAAUUCAUUUGGAAGUGAUGAUGCGUUUGGCAUCAAAAUAUAAGGAAAAGUAGUCAGUAAAUUAUUUGUAGGAA